AUGUUGAAAACUUAUUUUCCUAUAGCUCUUCUUGUGCUUGUUAAAGUGCUUCUUGCUCUUGCAGAUAAAGAUUAUUACUGGAGAGACUACGACGGAACAAUUCCUGAAGAUGCCGUGAUUGGAGGUCGCGACAAUAACAAUAAAAAUAUCUACAUAGGUCAAGCUUACAUCAAAGACAAAGGUUUAGUUGUCGUGCAGAUAGACCAAGGCAAAAGGAGCGUGUACGCAGAAAUGGACGGCAUACAACUAGUGGAUCAAAAUAUUAAAAUUUUAUGUGGUCCUUCGUAUCAAUUUUACUGGAUACCAUCAAACCUUAGUAAGCUUCAUACAGAUGUAAAAGAGAAAGUGUUAGUGGUUGGUGGUCACGAGGACGCAGCGAAAAGAUAUUUUGUGGGGAGAAUUAACUGCGCCGAUGGGUUUUGCAUUGGAAAAGUUCUCGAGCAGGGUUAUCAAGACAGAUCCGUCUUUUACGGAGUGGAUAGGAGUGGACAUCAGCUGAAGACCGAUUCUUACGAAGUGCUUGUAAAUGAAGCUAUUAUAAACGUGAGAGAGUCUUGA